UGUUCGAAACUGGGAAUGUUACCGUAUGACUCAACACCUGAGGCGGCGUCGUGUGAUUAAUAAAUAAGCAGGGAUAUUACACGGUAAAUGCAACGUGAAAGGAUUCGUUUGUCUCUUGUUUGUCCGCCCGGCCAGGUUUUUCGCGCUCUCAUAGUAAGACUACUGUUUCAGCAUAGCUUUCUUUGUUUUAUUACUUCCGGAAAAAAACCUUCCCAGAGACCCAGUAUGGAGACCUGAAGAGGAGCAGGGGAACGCUGGAUCAUGAUCUCAACUUCCCUCUUUGAAUGGAUUAAGUCUGGGAUGUACGCUUUGAAUGAGCUGAGCUAGGCAGCAUCCUCUCUGGGACAGCAGUCAGAAGAGCAAACUCCCUCCCCGUCACAUCUCUUCACCUGGAACGCAGGGAAGCCGGGAGUCUGUCAGCGGGCGGCCAUGACGGAGCCCAAGCUGCCCAGCAGCAGCAGUGGCAGCCUCACGUGGGCAAAGCUGUGCAAGGAGUGCGGCCAGCAGCACGAUGGCCAGGAGAGCCACCUGUACGAGUACCAGGACGAGGUGGAUGACGAGCUGGUGUGCCACAUCUGUCUGCAGCCCCUGCUGCGGCCCAUGGACACGCCCUGCGGGCACACCUACUGCUUCCAGUGCAUCAGCAGCUUCCUGAAGGAGCAGGACUUCUGCCCCGUGGACCGCCUGAGGCUGCAGCUGCACCAGUGCCGGCCCUCCAGCCUGCUGGUCAGGAACCUGCUGGACAAGCUCACCGUGCUCUGCCCCCAUCAUGCAGAGUGCCAACAGACCAUGCAGCGCUGCGAGCUGCAGCCACACCUGCACAACAGAUGUCCUGUUUUCAGGAGGCUGAGGGAGGAGGGCGAGAGGAGGAAGAGGCCGCCCUGGAACGAGUUCAAGGCGAGCAGGGGCGAGGGGGAGGCUGGAGCCGAUGCCAAACACACGUCCGCGACGUCCCGCACCCCCACCCGGGGCCAGGCAGAGCCAGGGCUCAUAAACCCCGCCUACGAGGAGGCAGAGGAUGACUCCACCCCGGUGCGCUCCAGCCUGGUGGCGGAGGCUAACGUGGUGGAGAUGUUCCGGGAUGAGCCAGAGGAGGAGCUGGGCUUGCGGAUCGUGGGCGGGAAGGACACACCCUUGGGUAACAUCGUCAUCCAAGAGAUUGUGCGCGAUUCUUUGGCUGCCCGUGAUGGCCGUCUGGCGCCCGGUGACCACAUCCUGGAGGCAAACGACAUCAGCCUAGCCUCCAUCCCUCACUGCCGGGCCAUCGCCGUGCUGCGCCGGCCAUGUUCCCUGCUCAGGUUCACCGUCAUGCAGGAGAAGGGCUUCAACCCCAGACACCCCCGCCCUGAGCACCACCCAGCCCCCUCCUCCUCCACCACCUCCACGCCCUCCCACGGCAGCGUGCCGGCGGCAGCCCACAACCCCGGCACGGUGAUCCAGGUGACGCUGGUAAAGCGGGAGUGCUCUGAGCCGCUGGGCAUCAAGCUGAUCCGCAAGUCGGACGAGUCGGGGGUGUUCAUCCUGGACCUGCUGGCCGGGGGGCUGGCGGCCAAGGACGGGAAGCUGAGGAACAACGACAAGGUGCUGGCCAUCAACGGUCACGACCUGAGGCACGGCACGCCGGAGAGCGCCGCUCAGAUCAUCCAGGCCAGUGAGGUGCGGGUGAACUUUGUGGUGAUGAGGCAUGCGGAGGCCGUGGAGGAAGGGGGCACCAGUGGAGAGGUCCUGGUCCGGGGGGCCCGCAGGGCUCCUGAACCCCAGUACUUCAAGAGACGCUCCAUCUUCAUGAAGGACCCUCCAGGAGGUUUCUCCAGCCAGGAGAAGACAGUGAGCCUGAAGAAGGAGCCUCGCCUCUCCCUAGGCAUCACCAUCGCUGGGGGCAGGGACUGUCGCAGCCGCCUUCCCGUCUACAUCACCAGUGUCCAGCCGGUGGGCUGCCUUCACCGAGACGGCACCAUAAAAACUGGGGACAUUCUGCUCAGCAUCAACGGGGUGGACCUGACCCAGCUCACCUACAACGAGGCCGUGUCGGUCCUGAAGGCCCAGACGGCCCAGUCCCAGGUGGUGCUCCGGGUCAUCCAGACCCUGGCCGAGGACGCGGAGGAGGAGGCCGAGGCCGCAAAUACGGAGGAGCUGGAUUACACAGAGAGCCCACGAGAAGACGACCUUAACUGGGCCCCGCUGUGGACUCGCUGGCUGGGCCUGCCCAGUCACAUGCACUGGUGCCGAGACAUCGUCCUGCUGAAGACCAACAGUGAGAGCUGGGGCUUCAGCAUCGUGGGCGGCUAUGAGGAGAGCCACGGCCAGCAGCCCUUCUUCAUCAAGACCAUCGUACCUGGUACUCCCGCCCACUUUGACGGACGCCUCAAAUGUGGUGAUGAGAUUGUGGCUGUGAACGGAGCCACCACGGUCGGCAUGAACAACUCCUCUCUCAUCCCCAUGCUCAAGCUGCAGAAGAAUAAAGUCACACUGACUGUGGUGUCCUGGCCAGGGAGCCUGGUGUGAUAUAUAUAUACCUACACACAUGCUCAGCUCAGCUGCAAUUUCCACUGAGCCACUCUCUUGUCUGCCUUCACCUCAAACAAACAACAUAGACACUGGUUGAAUCUCACAACUCGAUUUUUAUUUUUUUUUGCAAUUAUGAAAGGUUUAUAUAAUUUGAUCUUUAUUUCACAAGGUAACGUUGUUGGGUGUACAUCGUUAUAUUGUGUCUACUUAGACUUUGUCGAAGCUGACUGAUCUGAACGAUUUUUAGUGCUUUUAUGCAGUAGUUGACAUUUUUAAAUGGCAGUUUGUGUGACUCAGUGAACAAAUUGGUUUAAUCAGGGUGGAAGAUGAAUCAAAGACAAUCAGUGAACUGUAGCUGGAGGUAAGCUGGAGAUGUAGCUUCAUUGUUUUUACCCUGUGUCUUGAAAGCUUUAUAAACAUUGAUUCAUAGCAGAUUUUGUGUUCCUCUAAUGUUGCUAUUGAUUAUCUCUUCAUUUGAUAAUGACGAUCUGGAAGACUGAUUAAUGUGCAUUAUCCAAAGUUCUGAGAUAUUGUAUACAUUUUCUAAUGUCCCUUAAACUCCACAUGUCAUUGAAGAAGACAAAUCUUAAUGAUGAGGAAAGAAAGUCUGUUGAUUAUGUAUGCCAAAGUCAGAUUUUCCCAUCCUAUCCUUAUUCAUUCCUGUCUUUUUUAACUACUUUUAUUUGACCACAGUUUCAUAGAUAUGGAAGACUGUGGAAGGACACAAUGCCUGCUUGGAUUUUUUUUUAUGACUUGAUGAAUUCCUGAUGUACCACUGUACUGUAAUUCUCUUUUAUUUCAGUGCAAUACUGCAUACUGCAUACCGAAUGUCUUUGAUAAAUGUGGGUGCCUUGUACAUGUUGAAGGACAAAUCAAAAUGUAUACUUGCCUUAAUUACCACAAAACCAAAAAUGCUGUUUCUUCCUCAUUAGCUACCACCUGAUUCUGUGUUCGAGAGGGAAGAGACGAGCAGUGUUAAGGUUACUCAGUGUGUUGUAUUUAACGUGUUCAUUGGAGAGAAACGACGAGCCCGGAACUACUGUUUCACAGUUAGUGCUUGAUUGUUGCUUAGUCAGGAUGUAUUCAGAAACACACAGAUGCCUCUCUCAGAACUUGAGAACAUUUGGUUAAUGUAAUAUGUAGAGUUUCAUUCUUCAUUAUGUUUAGCGUGGUUGCAAAAUAGAGGCAUUGCAUCUUGAGUAAUGGGCCCACCCCUCUCUUUCAUAAUGUUCAAUAAACUCUUAAAGAAUACAAAUAAGGUUUUUGUUUGGUAUGUGGUUCCUUUGGUGAAUUUCCAGUAAUUGGGAGAUCUAAAAGUACUACCCA